GCCAAACAUGAGGGGGUGGUGGUGGCGGCAAGACAACAAAGUGUUUGUCCACGAUAAUUCGCCGCUCUUAUUGGCUGUCUGGUUGCAUAGAUUAAGAAUCAUCACAGAGUGGACCACAGCUCCAUAAAACACGGUUCAUCGGUGUAAUUUGACUUGACAGUGGACACCCACGUUUUUCUGUAGCUAAACACUGCAUAACAGCUGGUUAUCCCAGUAAAGAUGAUGCCCUACUGUGGAUUACAGUACCAUUCAUGACAAUGACACACCCACCAAGUAAAUGCACGCACCAAGCAGUUCUUCCACAUGAUCUCUGACAGGACAUCAAGUUGGACUAAACCUCACAACCAACGCUCACUGAAAACACCCUAGUUUCAAAAUCAACUCGAUGCUCAUGGAAAGAACAACCUCACAAAGACUUCAAACCUAAAUCAACCUCAUACAGUAUGUUGGUUGGAAGGAAAUGCCCCCAUUUGGCCUACUGCGGCCCCGUAAUCCCUCUCGCACACGAACCCGAGCAGGACUAGAACCCUCACCUCCACCCCGUUGCCUUGGCGACCAACGACCAUGUCGUACCGCACGCCCAAUUUCACCAUGCAGCAGAAGCUCUACUUCCUGCAGAGGAUCCAGGGCGUGGUGCACACAGUCCAGGACUUCAGGAAGGACACCAACACUACUGUGCACCGCAACGCCGUGUGGGCCGAGGUGGUGGAAGCCUUCAACACUGCCUUCCCCGACCGGCCACCAAGCUCGGUGGGCACCAUGAAGACCCUGUGGAAGAGGCUGAAGGUGGAGAGCCGCCAGGCGCUGCACCGGCGUCAGGAGCAGAUGGUCGCCGGCAUGCCUGUCACAGCCCUGACCGAGGUUCAGCGGGAGAUUACGGCCAUGGUACCCAACCUCAUCUCCAACCAGGACGACAUGGACGGAGAGGUGUACUACACCGGCCUCGGGCCUGGCUCCCCCACAGCAGACGGUUCCAAUCUCUGUCUCGCUGUCUGCCUGUGUGACCUAGUGACGUGUACUGCAGCGACCAGUGGGAGUGACCAGGACGAUGCUGAUAACAGUCACAAUGAGGAGAGCGAGAGUAAAGACCAGGUAGCCAUGAGCAUCGGCAUCGCCUCCUUCACGGCACUAGCAGGAAGUGACGGACCCCACCGGAUCCCCUUCUCCACCAGCCAGCCCAACGCCUCCACUCUCACCCACAGUGAAACCUCCUGGUCUGGGACAUCCCCGUCCUUCCUCCCUCCACCCAUCCCAUCUGCCUCAUCCUCCAACCUGUUCACCUCUUGCCCCGUGAACUUUGACCUGCCCUACGUCCCCCGGGCCGCCCCGCAACCCUUCACCUCUCUGGCAGCGGCAGCAGGGCGGGGGUCUGAGGACCCACGGUACGGGCCGCGCAUGCUGGAACUGUCGGAGUUGGAACAUGAGCAGAGGAUGAGAGUCCUACAGAUGGAACAGAAGGUUUUAGAAGACAAGAGGAAGGCGGUGAGGCAGAAAGAGAAAGCCUACAGGCUAAAAAAGAGAUACUACCAGGCUAAGCUGAAGAAGAUGGGGGAAAAGGUACGACUGUGCUCGAGUAGCGAGGACACUGAGGGCGAUGAUCAAAUAAUUUGACGGUUAUUUUGUUGCAUUUAUGUUUUUAUGAAGAUGAUUUUUUUUAAAGUUUCUGACAGUUUCAGGUAUUUGUGAAAACUUUAGUAAAAUCUUUUUUUGGUA